AUGACCUUCUACGCGCGCGCCCGAAGGCAAAAGCACGCGAGCAUCCACGACCCGGCGGUGCGGUCGCUGCGCUUGGCGGUGCUCAAAGCGGCGGGGAUCAACCUGCUGGUGCUGCAGCUGCUGUUCCUGGGGCUGUUCUGCUACCUGUUCGGCUCGCUGUUCCAGCAGACGACGCAUGUGCACAAUCUGAACGUGGUGUUCGUGGACUACGACGGCGGGGCGAUCGGGGCGGCUGUCCGCGCCGCGUACGAGCAGCUGCAGGGCCCGGGCUUCCCAACCCUAACCGAGCACGCCACGGCGCAGUAUCCCCAGUCCGACGCGAUCACCGCUGCUGUGUGCCACAUCGACUACUGGGGCGGGCUGUACAUUGCCCCGAACGCAUCGAACGAGCUGGCCGCCGCCCUCGCCAGCGGCGCACCGCACUCCCCCGACGAGGUGCUCACCCUGGUGUGGAACGAGGCGCGCUACUCCACCGUGGUCGACUCGGCCAUCUACACCAGCAUGCAGACCCUUUCCAACGCCGCCCGCAUCGCUUACACCGGCACCCUGCCCCCAAACACUCUCACUAACACGCCCACCAACACCGUCAGCAACACCACCCUCACCACCCUCUCCCAACCCUGGACCUUAACCUCCACAAACCUCCAACCCACCACCCAAGGCUCGCGCCUCAUCUACAACACCCUGGUCAUCAUCCUCAUCAUGAUCCAAGAAUUCUUCUACCUAGGCUACAUCAACAGCGUCUACCAACAAUUCCACCUGUACACAACCGUCUCCCCGCACCGCAUCGCCAUCAUCCGGCAACUGCUCGCGGGAACCUACACACUGCUCGGCUCGCUGUCCACCACCGGCGCCGUCUGGGCGUUCCGGUUCGGGUGGCGCGUCUCCGGGGGACAAUUCGUGCUCACCUGGCUCGCGCUGUGGCUCUUCGCGCACUUGAACUUUUUGGUCUUGGACCUCUUCACCAUCUGGAUCCCCCCGCCCUUCGUGCCGAUGGCGUUCAUCUCGUGGAUCGUGGCCAACGUCACCUCCAUCCUGCUGCCGUUUGAGCUGGCGCCCGCGUUCUAUCGGUGGGGGUAUGCCUUGCCUGCGCAUGCGGUGUUUCAGGUGCUCGUCGAUGUGUGGUCCCGCGGCUGUAAUCCCCAGCUUGGGUAUGCAUUGCCCGUGCUGUUUGGGUUUGAGGUGUUGGGGUUGCUCGGGAGUACGGUCGGGGUGUAUCGGAGGGCGCAUUAUGCUGUUUUGGCCAAGGAGAAGGGGGAGAGGGAGUGGCAGGAGAAGGUGGCGGCUGCUGUGGCGGGGAGGUUGGCGAUUGAGAAGGAGAAGGGGGAGGUGGGCGAGAGGAGGCUGGGGGAAGAAGGGGUGAAACAAGAGGAGGAGCGAAUGGACCAGCUCGCGCGGGAGCUUUCGCAGGUGGAAAGGUCGGCGACGCGGAGACAGAAGCCUGGGCCGUGUUUUGAUCUGCCGUUUAGUGAAUGA